ACGCCCCCCUCCCCCCACAAAAAAAAAAGGUUUCAUCUCUUCAAGCAGGGCAGGCCGAGCCACAGGUUCCUCCGCACCCUCGGCCUUCCCUCCCAUCACCAGUUUCCAGCCGCGAGCGAACCCGACGCGAGUGCGGUUCGAGGGAGAGAGAAGAGGGGACUAGCACCAUGGCCGCCAGGCUGCUGCUCCUCUCCUUCGAUUGCCCGGCCGUCGCUGGCGGGCGGCGGUCUCGUCUGUCUGCAAUGCCACGGAUGUCUUCCGGUGCUCCCCUCGUGCGGCCCCCAGCCUCAUCCGUCGGCGCGUUCGCGGUCACCGCCGCCAGAGGCAACCUGCCGCACCACACCUCCGUGGUUGUGGAGGGUGGUGGAGUUUACACUGUUCGUGACUUUAUGACUAAAAGGGAACAACUCCAUGUUGUGAAACCAUCCACUUCAGUAGAUGAAGCUCUUGAGAGGCUGGUGGAGCAUCGAAUAACUGGCUUUCCUGUUACCGAUGAUCACUGGAAUUUGGUUGGUGUGGUCUCAGAUUAUGAUCUGUUAGCACUGGACUUGAUAUCAGGAAAUGGACAGGCUGAAGCGGACAUAUUUCCUGAGGUGGACAGCACUUGGAAGCAGGCUGAAUCCCUGGCUGAUCAUCCCAUUCUGGCCAAAACUGCUCCUCAUGCCCAAUGUCAGCAGACUGAAUCCCUGGCUGAUCAUCCCUCCGGCCCAGAUGGUUUACCGGUGCUUUUUUCAGAGCUUGCUGGAACACCAUCAAAUCAGAUGUCAUGGUGGUGAUUAACCUCUUCUCCAACCUGCAAAUGGCUAACUUUCAUUGGCUCAAUUUGCCAGACAUUGUUUUGAUCCCCAAGAAAGAGUCUGAGCCGUGUACUACCUUCCAUCAACGUGUCUAAAGGCAUUAAGAAGAGUCUAAGCAACAAGAUGAAGGCUUUCCUUUGGGGCUGUACCGAAAGGAUUUAUGGUGGAAAAUGCAAGGUUAAUUGGUAGCAUGUUUGUCGUCCAGCCGAUCUGGGAGGGCUUGGAGAUCUCCACCUCGGCAAGUUCUCCUGCGCCAUGAGCCUCUGCUGGUUGUGGCUUGUUUGGACAUCCCGGAGUGGCCUUGGGUUGGUCUCGAUCUCCAUUGCUACCACUCCGCUGGUUGUGGUUUGUGUGGAUUUGAAUCUAGUUUCAUGUUAUUCUUUAUGCGAACAUAUUUUUUCAUAUUCUCUGGAAAAGAGAUGCGGAAUAACAUCACUCUCAGUCUUGCAGAAUUUUCAGAGUGAUAUUUAUAAAACCAUCUGUCUAGUUUUAUUUUGUAAUAUGGUUCAAUCGUUUCUUUUCCAUCGUGGACACGUGUACAGCAGUGUCCUGCUUUGUUUAUGAAUGGUUCGGUCUUCUGCUGGAUCGUACCUGUUUGUACAACUGUGGAGAAGUAUAUAGCAGUAUCUUGCUUUGUAGAUGAUGGAACAUGAUGCAGACGAGGAGCACAUGGAGGCGCACCUCCCUGUAAUUCGAACCAUUGGGAUGCAGACUGAAAUCGUUUUAGUUUCCCUAUUGAGCCAAUACAGUUUUAAUACAAACAAGUAUGACUCGCAUGACAUUGUAGAGAAGUAAUGAUGAGUUAAGAGCAAAUACAAUAGUGGGCUUAUAGCCUGCUUACAUGA